AUGACUUCAUGUGUUUUGUUAGGGCACAAUAAUAAAGUUGACGAUAAAGCGGGUUGUGGAGGCCUUAUAAGAGAUAGUUUUGGAAAGUGGAUAUCCGGUUAUUCUAAGAACUUAGGAGUUUGUAAUUCUUUAGUUGUUGGACUACGGGGAGUGUUGGAAUGGUUGAUGAUUGCUAGAAUGCUAGGAAUGAAAGUUGGUGAAGUUAGUGAGGAUUCCAUUCAAGUAGCUAACGAUAUUAAUAAUCGAAAGAUUCUUAAUCCUAUGGGAAGAACAUUAAUGAAUAGGAUUAGAGAUCUUAUUGAUCUUGAGUGGAAAAUAGGAAUGCUUAUGGAGGCCGAUUUAGAAGGAACUCUGGUUCCUUAUUUUGUUGUGUCUUAG